AUGCCAGAGAGGAAUGUAGUUUCUUGGAAUGCCAUGAUAUCUGGGUACACAAGAAACCACAGGAUUGAAGAAGCCCUGGAUUUGUUCAUGAAGAUGCCUGAGAGGGAUAUUGCUUCUUGUAACAUUAUGAUUACUGGUUUUAUACAAAACAAAGAUUUGAAGAGGGCACGGAAGCUCUUUGAUGGGAUGCCAGAAAGGAAUGUUGUCACUUGGACGACCAUGAUGAAUGGUUACUUGAAAGGCAAGCAGAGUGAGCUGGCAUUGGGGUUAUUUAGUGGUAUGCUAAUGGCAGGUAUCAGACCAAACCAAGUGACAUUUUUGGGUGCACUUGAUGCAUGCAGCAAUCUCGCGGCACUCUGUGAAGGGAAGCAGGUGCAUCAAAUGAUAUGCAAAACAGCAUUUCAGUUUGAUACUUUUGUCGAGUCUGCCCUGAUGAAUGUAUAUGCAAAGUGUGGUGAAAUUGGAUUGGCAAGAAAGUUGUUUGAUCUUUCAAGGGAGAAGGACUUGAUCUCUUGGAAUGGAAUCAUUGCGGCAUAUGCGCACCAUGGUGUUGGCAUAGAAGCAAUCCACUUGUAUGAAAAGAUGCAAGAAAAUGGAUAUAGGCCUAAUGAUGUCACCUAUGUGGUGUUGCUCUCAGCAUGUAGCCACUCUGGGUUGGUUGACGAAGGGCUUAAGAUCUUUGAAUCCAUGGUAAAUGAUAGGUCAAUUGCAGUGCGUGACGAACAUUAUACUUGCUUGAUUGAUCUUUGUAGCCGAGCAGGACGACUUGAUGACGCCAAAAGAUUAAUUCACUAUCUUAAGAUUAAGCCUGCAUCAGGUUCUGUCUGGAGUGCCCUUCUAGGUGGGUGUAAUGCACAUGGAAAUGAGAGCAUUGGCAAUUUGGCAGCUAGAAAUCUCUUACAAGCAGAACCCGAUAACGCUGGAACCUAUACUCUCCUAUCCAAUAUCUAUGCUUCAGCUGGUAAGUGGAAAGAAGCAGCAGAAAUUAGGUCAGAGAUGAAUAAUCGAGGACUAAAGAAACAACCCGGUUGUAGUUGGAUAGAGGUGGCAAAUAAGGUUCAUGUGUUUGUAGCACGUGAUAAGUCCCACAGUGAAUCUGACUUGAUCUAUGGUCUGCUGCAAAAUAUCCAUCACAUGAUGAGGAUUGUUGGAACUGUCCCCAGUGACCUUGUGCAUGUUGAUGAGGAUGUAGUGUCUAUUUAG